UGGAGCAGCCUGGAAGAGACCAGCAGAACUGCUUAGAAGGAGCAAAGAACAGUUGAGCUUCCUGGAAGAGGUUCAGACUAACUGAGCCACCUGGAAAGGCUCUGCAACCUAUCGAGCUGCCUGCAGGCCUUAGAGUGUGCUUUGGGUUUCCAGAUUUUAUGAGCCAUCACUCAGGCCGAGAUAGGCUUUGGUGACAAAGCCGUCUUUGAGUCAUCUCUGAUCCUGUAAGCAACCCCUCGCCCAUAUUCCUAUUCCACCAUGGCUUCCCAAUCCCAUCAUGUGGACCCCAAUUUCUACAAACUGGAGGAGAAUGAGAUCGAGGUGACCUUUGAUAUUGAACAAGAGGCUGAUGCAGCAGCAGCAGGAGGGAGCUUUGAAGAAGGUUCUCAAAAUGGCUCAGACAAACUAAACUACCAGGGCAUUCCAGAUGACAAUUAUGAUAUGAUCCUCAUUGGCGAUGUGAAGUAUUUUGAUAAUGACAUCAAAGAUGAGUGCAGUGGGAGCUACCAAGGCUCUGGAGAUCCACAGCUGGAGGAGCAGAAGAACGUGGCUGCUGCCAGAGUUCCACAGUUCAGGCGCACAAGACCGCGGAUCCAGUUGGGUCUCACGCCCAGGCAGCUGAGUGAAUUGGAAGACUUUUUUGAAAACACUAAGUACCCUGAUGUGAUCGCAAGGAGGAUCCUUGCAAAGCACUUGUACCUGGCAGAAUCCAGAGUGAAGAGAUGGUUUAAGAGACGAAGAGCCAGAUACAGGAAAGAGCAAAUGUUCAAGUGUGCAUCUGCUGAUGGGCAGAAUGCCUUGCAGUAAAGCCUUUGGAGGAGUCCCGAAGCAGCGUCCUCUCCAGGCAUCAGAUGAAGGCACAUAGGCACUAAUACUGUCCAUGGAACCUUAUUCCUUCAGCAAUAAAGAGACAUGCAUUCAA